AUGCAAGCUUCGAGAGCAACUAGCCGCCUAGCUCUCCAUGCGGCCCAUCUCCCCAAACAAUCAUUUAGUACUUCACGGACAGUGGCAAAGGAGAUUCAAGAUGCAUAUAUUCUAAGCGCAGCGCGAACGCCGGUCGCAAAGUUCAACGGCUCAUUCGCCUCUCUCUCUGCACCCCAACUCGGCGCCGUCGCUAUCAAAUCCGCCCUCGAAAAGUCGAAUGUCCCCGCCGACAAAAUCACAGAUGUCUACAUGGGUCAGGUCUUACAAGGAAAUUCCGGUCAAGCGCCCGCGCGCCAGGCUGCGAUUCUCGCCGGAUUAUCAAGCUCGGUUGAAGCUAUUACUAUAAACAAAGUAUGCGCUUCCGGUUUGAAGGCUGUGGUAUUAGCCGCCCAGAAUAUUCAAUUGGGACUCGCAGAGGCGCAGGUCGCUGGAGGAAUGGAGAGUAUGACACAGGUCCCAUACUAUUUACCACGGGCUAGUCAAUUACCGGCGUUUGGAAAUAUGAAGGUUGAAGAUGGUUUGAUCAAGGAUGGCUUGUGGGACGUUUACAAUCAGUUCCAUAUGGGUGUAUGCGCUGAGAAUACUGCUUCUAAGUACGAUGUUACCCGAGAAGAACAGGACGAUUACGCCAUUCAAUCUUAUCAACGUGCCCAAGCUGCCUGGAAGGAAAACAAGUUCGCCGAUGAGAUCGCCCCGGUCACCGUCAAGAACAAGAAGGGCGAGACAGUUAUCUCCAAGGAUGAAGGAUUCGAAAACUUGCAGGUAGAGAAGUUAAAGAGUCUCAAGCCCGCCUUUGUCCGCGAUGGCACGGGAACAGUUACCGCCGGAAAUGCCUCUACUCUGAACGACGGUGCUUCAGCUUUGGUUCUAACGAAUAGGGAACUUGCGCAGCAAUACGGCUCUGGGAGCCGCGUACUUGCACGCAUUGUUGCAUCUGCAGACGCCGCUCUUGACCCUGUUGAUUUCCCAGUUGCUCCCGCGAAGGCUGUACCGAUUGCUCUUGAGAGGGCCGGCAUCACCAAGGAUCAAGUUGCUGUGUGGGAGUUCAAUGAAGCUUUCGCCGCCGUCAUCAAGGCUAAUGAAAAGAUUCUCGGUCUGCAAAAUGCCCGGGUCAACCCCCUUGGUGGAGCUAUUUCGCUGGGUCAUCCUCUCGGCAGCUCCGGUUCUCGUAUUUUGACCACCUUGCUUCACCAACUUCAACCAGGAGACUAUGGUGUGGCUGCCAUUUGUAAUGGUGGUGGAGCUGCAACAGCCGUUGUGGUUCAAAGAUUGAACCAGGUCGAAUAG